GUGGCUAGAACUCCGUCUUUGUACGGUUCCUAUUUGUGUCUCCCGAUGGCUUAAGCGGUCUGUGACGAUGAGCUUCUUCAACUCGCUUCAGCAGAUGGUGACGAGUGGGGUCGCCAACCUCACACUCAGCCCCAAGCGAUUCUCCCUGAGCAAGGAGUCGAGCGGGGAGCAGCCGCCGAGCGAGGACGGGGGCGGUGCGGGCGGCAGGUCCGCCUCCAUCCCCGGGUUCCCCAAGGUGGUGCCGCCCCCGGGGGCCUUGACUCCACCUCGACGGCGCACUCUGGACGGCCCGCGGCGUGUAGGAUCCUUCCGUCAACCCUCCUGUCAGCAGCAGCGCCCUCCCCUGGUAGCCUUCUGCCGCCGUCGACUCUCCUGGCCCGAGGUCGACCUGCAAGCCACUUCUGGUGAAAGUACUUGCAGGAUGGAUGAUCCACCCGACUUCGUGAGGCUCCUGGAGCUCGGAGGAUCAUUGGUCAUCCAGUUCCGCCUGCUAGCUAUUCUGAACCAGCCAAUUUCUGCCAGUUGGGUGCAAGAGACGGACGGCUCCUUCUUCGAGAGCUACACAGCCAUCUCUUGGAAGCUGGAGAACAGACGUCUGCUGACCAUGCAGGAACAUCGUGAGGACCAAGCCCCGCCCCCGGAGUACGCCAUAGGGAUCAAACCUCCUCCUGACAUCCGACCGCACCCCAAGGAGUUGGAGCAACUGUACAUCGAGGUACUGUACACGAUCACCAACAAAGUGGGCGCCUCUAGCGGCCAGUUCUCGCACUACCAGGAAGACCUCUACAACUACGCCCAGAAGGCCUUUAACAUUCCACAGGACCAGCAUAGGCGCUACCUCGCCAUAGCUGGGGAGGAAAAGCCGCCCAUUGUUGUCCUUAAUGUCGUGGUGCUGGAAGCAGAAAAUCUUGAAGCAAAGGACGCAAAUGGUAAGUUUACUUCUUGAGGUAGACUAGAGUUUCAAAUAGUUUAGAACAAAUGCU